CCCUGAACUACUGAAAGCAUCUGAACCGCCUCUUACCGGGACGAGAGAAGAAAAACAUGGCGAACUUUCCUCUGGAAUAACUGUUUUCUGAAGAGCUGCUGAGCGUUUCUGCGAGUAGCUACCGUGCCUGAAUUCAUUUCUGCAUCAACACCCGAUCUGAAUCUGAAUCUGAAGACGCUUUAUUCGGGGAAACCAGGCUUUUUUUUCUCAUGGAUUCGGAGCGUGUGAAGUAUCAUGGGAUGAAAGUUUGAAACAGUUGGAUACUAAAGUAGGACAGGAUGGAGAAACAAGGAACAAGACGCGAAAAGUUUGGUCUGUUUGGACCGCGAGCACUGGGCAGGGCUGUGCACGCUGCCGCCGAUGGCCCGGGCCUCAGCAAGGCCGAGUUCAUGGAGAAGGUGCGGCAAAGCAACGAGGCCUGCCAGCUGGGAGACUUCCAGACGGCCGUGAAGCUUUACGGCGAGGCCCUGCACGCCGACCCACAGAACUGCAUCCUGUACAGCAACCGCUCGGCCGCCCACCUCAAACUGGGUCAGUACCAGACUGCCCUGGAUGACGCAGUCAAAGCCCGCCUCCUUAACCCCAAAUGGCCAAAGGCAUACUUCCGACAGGGUGUUGCCCUUCAGUACCUGGGGCGCCAUGCGGAUGCCCUGGCCGCCUUCGCCUCGGGACUGGCGCAGGAUCCCAAGAGCCUGCAGCUGCUGGUGGGAAUGGUGGAGGCCGCCAUGAAGUCCCCUCUAAGAGAAUCCCUGGAGCCGACCUACCAGCAGCUGCAGAAGAUGAAGCUGGACAAGAGUCCGAUUGUGGUGGUGUCUGUGAUUGGUCAGGAGCUGCUGACUGCCUCCCAUCACGGUGCGUCUGUGGUGGUCCUGGAGGCGGCGCUGAAGAUCGGAACCUGCAGCCUCAAGCUGCGCGGCUCUGUUUUCUCGGCCCUCAGCAGCUCUUACUGGUCAUUGGGCAACACGGAGAAGAGCACCGCCUACAUGCAACAAGACCUGGAGGUGGCCAAAACUUUAGGUGACCAGACAGGCGAAUGUCGCGCUCACGGGAACCUGGGGUCGGCCUUCUUCUCCAAGGGGAAUUACCGCGAGGCACUGAGCAACCACAGACACCAGCUCGUCCUGGCCAUGAAACUCAAGGACAGAGAGGCGGCGUCUUCAGCCCUCAGCAGCUUGGGUCACGUGUACACAGCCAUCGGCGACUAUCCCAACGCCCUGGCCAGCCACAAGCAGUGCGUCCUGUUGGCCAAACAGUCCAAGGAUCAGCUCUCUGAGGCUCGGGAGCUGGGCAACAUGGGAGCCGUCUACAUCGCCAUGGGCGACUUCGACAAUGCCGUACAGUGCCACGAACAGCACCUGUGCAUCGCCAAGAGCCUCGGCAACAAACGCGAGGAGGCGCGUGCCUACAGCAACCUGGGAAGCGCUUACCACUACUGCCGCAACUUCGACAAGGCCAUGUCAUACCACACGCACGUGCUGGAGCUUGCACAGGAGCUUGAGGAGAAGAGCAUCGAAAUGAGGGCGUAUGCGGGGCUGGGACAUGCUGCCCGUUGCAUGCAGGACCUGGAGAGGGCGAAGCAGUACCACGAACAACAGCUCAACAUCGCAGAAGGCCUGAAGGACCGCGCCGCCGAGGGCAGGGCUUCAUCGAACCUGGGAAUCAUUUACCAGAUGAAAGGGGACUACGACACUGCUCUGAAGCUGCACAAGGCUCAUCUAUCCAUUGCCCAAGAGCUAAAUGACUAUGCGGCCCAGGGCAGAGCAUAUGGAAACAUGGGCAAUGCUUACAAUGCCCUCGGUGCCUUUGACCAGGCCGUGCGCUACCACAGACAAGAGCUGCAGAUUUCCAUGGAGGUUAACGAUCGUGCCUCGCAGGCCUCGACGCAUGGUAACCUGGCGGUGGCGUACCAGGCUCUGGGGGCGCAUGAUCGAGCCUUGCAACAUUACCAGAAUCAUCUGAACAUUGCUCGAGAGUUGAGGGACAUCCAGAGUGAGGCUCGUGCCUUGGGCAACUUGGGUAAUUUUCACUGCUCUCGGGGAGAGUUUCCCCAAGCCGUACCCUACUAUGAACAGUACCUACGGCUUUCCCCGGAAUUGCAGGACAUGGAGAGCGAGGGUAAGGUCUGCCACAAUUUGGGAUAUGCGCACUACUGUCUGGGAAACUUCCAGGAGGCAGUGAAGUACUACGAACAAGAUCUGGCACUUGCUAAGGACCUCCACGACAAGUUAAGUCAAGCCAAAGCCUACUGUAAUCUGGGCCUGGCCUUCAAGGCUCUUGGCGACUACAGCAAGGCGGAGGAGUGCCAGAAGUACCUUCUUUCCUUGGCGCAGUCACUGAACAACUCGCAGGCUCGGUUCCGCGCCUUGGGCAACCUGGGAGACAUCUUCCUUUGUAAGAAGGAUGUUCCCGGAGCCGUCAAGUUUUACGAGCAGCAGCUGUCCUUGGCGCACCAAGUCAAGGAUCGCAAGAUGGAGGCGAACGCCUACGCCGCGUUGGGCGCUGCCUACCGGAUGCUACAGAAAUACGACAAGGCCUUAGGGUACCACACCCAGGAACUUGAGGUGUACCAGGAGCAAGGUGACAUUCAGGGAGAGUGCCAGGCUCAUGGACACCUCGCCGCCGUCUACAUGUCUCUUGGAAAGUACACCAUGGCCUUUAAAUGCUACGAGGAACAGCUUGAGCUCGGCCAGCGACUGAAGGACCCCAGCAUUGAGGCCCAGGUUUACGGUAACAUGGGCAUUACGAAAAUUAACAUGGGAGUAAUGGAGGAGGCCAUUGGCUAUUUUGAGCAACAGUUGGCAAUGUUGCAGCAGCUCAGUGGCAAUGACGCCGUGCUGGACCGUGGUCGUGCUUAUGGGAACUUGGGAGACUGCUAUGACUCGCUGGGAGAUUUUGAAGAGGCAAUUAAGUAUUAUGACCAGUAUCUCUCCGUGGCACAGAGCCUCAACCAUAUGCAGGACCAGGAGAAGGCAUACAGAGGUCUUGGUAAUGGACACAGGGCGAUGGGGAGUCUUCAGCAGUCUCUGGUGUGUUUUGAGAAGCGGUUGGUGGUGGCGCAUGAGCUGAGAGAGUGUGGAGGAAAAGCUCAGGCGUACGGAGAACUGGGCAGCUUGCACAGCCAGCUGGGUAACUAUGAGCAGGCCAUCUCCUGCCUGGAGCGGCAGCUCGCCAUCGCCCGCGACACCCAAGAUCGAUUGCUGGAGGGCGACGCCAGCUGCGGCCUGGGCGCCGUGUACCAGCUGAUGGGCGAACACGACACGGCCCUUGAGUUUCACCAGCUGGACCUCCAGAUCGCGGAGGAGACGGGCAGCGGCAGCUGUCAGGGACGGGCCUACGGGAACCUUGGACUCACUUACGAGUCGCUGGGUAAUUUUGAGCGUGCCGUGGUGUAUCAGGAGCAGCACCUGAGCAUCGCGGCGCAGACCAACGACCUGGUGGCCAAAACUCUGGCCUACAGCAGCCUGGGACGAACACACCACGCUCUGCAGAACUACUCGCAGUCCGUCAUGUACCUGCAGGAAGGUCUGCGUCUAGCAGAGCAGCUGGGCCGUCGGGAGGACGAGGCCAAGAUCCGACACCGUCUGGGGCUCUCGCUGUGGGCCAGCGGCAAUCUGGAGGAAUCCCAGCACCAGCUGUACCGUGCGUCGGCUCUGUUCGAGACCAUUCGUCAUGAAGCGCAGCACAGCACCGACUACAAGCUCUCCCUGUUCGACCUGCAGACCUCCUCGUACCAGGCUCUCCAGAGGGUCCUUGUCAGCCUCGGUCACCAUGAUGAAGCUCUGGCCGUGGCGGAGCGUGGACGCACUCGGGCCUUUGCCGACCUGCUGGUGGAGAGACAGACGGGCCAGCAGGACUCUGACCCCUACACGCCCGUGACCGUGGAGCACAUCCUGGACACUGUGAACGGGCAGCGGGCCCUGGUGCUCUACUUCUCUCUGGCGGCAGGAUACCUGUACAGCUGGCUCCUGGCCCCCGGCUCCGGUAUCUUGAAGUUUCAUGAGGUGUAUCUGGGUGAGGGAGCGUCGGAUGGCGGCACGUCAGACUUCCAGGAGGGCAGCGGAGGCUCUGUGCCCGCGGGGGGUGGCUGUGGAGGCUCGUCUCUGGAGCAGCACAUUGCUAACGCGCGGGAAGCUCUGGGGUUGGACUCAUACUACAGCAGAGCUUGUUCGAGCAGCGAGACGGAGAGCGAAGCUGGAGACCUUUUGGACCAGCAGUUUGAAGAACUCGAUAAUAAACUCAACUCAGUGACCGACCCGACUGGCUUCUUGAGGAUGGUUUCCAGAAACAACCUCUUCAACAGGAGUUGUCAGAGCAUGACGAGUCUCUUUAGUAACACGGUGUCUCCGGUGAAGGAGGGCUCCUCGUCUCUGUCGUGCCGCGCCAGUGCGCUCAGCAAACCCCCGUUACGAGCCCUUUACGACCUGCUCAUCGCCCCGAUGGAGGGGGUACGACUGCACUCACACUUCACUAAUGUUCAAUAAAUAAUUACAUUGAUUAGUAAUAAUACUCACAUGCCUUAAUGCUUUUAUAAGGGAGCAUCAGCAACAUGCAAAAUUUUUGUUUUGGCCCACAAACUCACCUUGUCUUUGUCUCUUCAGGUUCACCCUCGGCGGGCCGGUCCGGUUCUGUGUAAUGGAGGAAGCUCCAUGGCCGCAGUGGUGGGGAAUCCUCGGCUGCCGCCGUCGGUGAUGGACCGCUGGCUCUGGGGUCCGAUGCCCACGGCUGAGGAGGAGACUCACAUGGUGGCCGAUCUCCUGGGCUGUCAGCCGCUGGCCGGUCCCGCCGCCACCAAGGAGCGGGUCAUGAGUGCCCUCACGCAGGCCGAGUGCGCCCACUUCGCCACGCACAUCUCCUGGAAGCUGGCGGCUCUGGUCCUCACACCCAGCCAGGACGCCAGCUCCGGACCGGUGGCAGCGGCUCCCAGCGGAGGAGCAGGAGGUGGAGAGAGCGGAGUCAAAUCCAACUACAACAUCCCGGAGAGUCUGCGCGUGCCGGACGACGCCAGCGAUGCCGAAAGCAUCUGUGACAGCCCGCAAUUACAUUUUAUUUAAUUACUUUUUAUUUUAUUAUUUAUUCUAAGCAAAAUUAGGCAUCUUUUAAUCUGCAGCUCGUACCAGGAGUCGGACAGUAAAGUAACAGCAGACGGGGUGGUGGGUUUGACCAGGGCUUUCCUGGCGGCUGGAGCUCAGUGUGUGCUGGUGUCUCUGUGGCCGGUUCCCGUCGCCGCGUCCAAGAUAUUCAUCCACGCAUUCUACAGCGCUCUGCUCAACGGCACCAAAGCCAGUGCGGCCCUCGCAGAUGCCAUGAAGACCGUCCAGAGCAGCAAACAGUUCUCACACCCCUCCAACUGGGCAGGCUUCAUGUUGAUUGGCAGUGACGUGAAACUGAACAACCCGUCGUCUCUGAUUGGUCAGGCUCUGGCUGAGAUCCUGCAGUAUCCAGACAAAGCUAGAGAUGCCUUGAGGGUUCUGCUGCACCUGGUGGAGAAAUCUCUCCAGCGCAUCCAGAACGGCCAGAGGAACUCCAUGUACACGUCUCAGCAGAGUGUGGAGAAUAAGGUGGGUGGCGUGCCGGGCUGGCAGGCUCUGCUGACCGCGGUGGGAUUCAGACUGGACUCGGCUGGAACGGGCCUCCCCGCGGCGGUCUUCUUCCCCACCACUGACCCCGGAGACCGACUGCAGCAAUGCAGCACCACCCUACAGUCACUGCUGGGUUUGCCUCCUCCUGCUCUACAGGCGUUGUGUAAACUGAUCACAGCAUCAGAAACCGGAGAACAGCUGAUCAACCGGGCUGUUAAAAAUGUAGUGGGAAUGCUCCAUCAAGUUUUAGUGCAGCUUCAGUCUGGAGAGAAGGAGCAGGAUUUCUCUCUCGCGCCCAUCCAAGUGUCCAUCAGCGUGCAGCUCUGGAGACUUCCUGGCUGCCAUGAGUUCCUGGCCGCUCUGGGGUUCGACCUGUGUGAGGUCGGUCAGGAGGAGGUGGUGUUGAAGACGGGCAAACAGGCCAACCGUCGCAUCAUGCACUUUGCCCUGCAGUCGCUGCUGGCACUGUUUGAUUCUACUGAGCUGCCGAAGCGUCUGAGUCUGGACAGUUCAUCGUCUCUGGAGUCUCUGGCCUCGGCACAGUCUGUGUCCCACCAGCUGCCUAUGGGCUACCCCAACCCUCCCUUCUCCCCUCCAUGCCCUGACAGCCUGGCCUCUGAUGCCAUCUCCGUCUAUAGCCUGAGCUCCAUCGCCUCUUCCAUGAGUUUCCUGUCCCGUCCCGAAGGCGCGUCUGAUUUUAUCAGUCAGCGCUCGCGGCAGCAGGAAUUAGAGCGGCAUCGGGGUGGAGCCGGGCUUUUCGCGUCCCACCGGCACGCGACGGUGCCCCGCAGCCGCUCGUCCCCACAUGGAGCCGUGGGAGGGCAUGAUGAUGAAGAGUAUGAAGGAUACAGUAUAAUCAGCAGCGAGCCAUUGGGUAGCCAAUGCGACACGCUCCCUCGUCCCACAAACCACAGGAACCAUCGGGGCGCGGUGCGCGGUGGGACCGGCAGAGGUUACGCAGUGUCCGUGUCCUCCAGGGGAAGCGUCAGCACCCCAACGUCCCCUGUCAAAGCCACCCUGGUUCCCAGUCCCAACUCUCCCUUCCAGAAGGUCGGGAAGGUGAGCAGCUCCGACACGGGCGAAUCCGAUCAAUCCAGCACAGAGACAGACAGCACUGUGAAGUCCCAAGAGGAACGUACGCCCGGAGCCGCUCUGGACCCGCAGGAACUGGCACAGAAGAUCCUGGAAGAGACGCAAAGCCACAUGCGGGCCGUCGAGACUUUGCAGAGAAGCACUGGGAGUGUCCCGCUUGGUGACGGGAUGGGCGGCGGAGGCCCUCCGACCCCGACUGGAGGGUCUGCUUUCCGUUCCUCGGAGACGAGCGCGUUCAGUCGCCCUAGUAGCCGGGCGAGCAUCAAGGCGCAGUCGUCUCCACUCCCGACACGCCCCAAACCGCCCUCCCGUACGUCGUCCCUACAGAAGGUCAGCUCGGGAUACAACAGCCCCGCUACGUCCGAGACGUCCCUAAAGGAAGGCAGUCAACCAUCGCCAACUUCUGACAGUCAUGCCCAGUUUAAACUCAAGUAUCCCAGCUCGCCCUACAGCGGCCACAUCUCCCACUCGCCCAGCAACGUCUCACCCAGCUCGGGCCACCAGUCUCCGGCCGGCAGCGCACCCUCUCCGGCAUUGUCCUACUCCUCGACGGGCUCAACGCGCUCCAGUCCGGCGGACGCCCCGGAUAUCAACCGACUCAAAUUGGCUGCUAUUGACGAAAAAGUCCAAGCAAUCCACAAUCUCAAGACCUUCUGGGCCAGCGCCACCCAACAGCAGCACUCGGGAUCAAUGCGGGCGCUCCGCGGUGGGAAGCUGAGCACCGCCAAACGAGAUGUCCUGGGCCUUCUGAACCUCUCGCCCCGGCAUGGCGUGACAGGACAAGAUACGCCCGGCCAAGAUGUGGCACUCGAACACAGAAAUCCGCCCAACGGCCAUCGCAAAAUCGAUCCCAAGAGAGUCACGCCUUCUCCGACGGCUUCCACCGGCAGCAGUCCGGGGUCGCAUCCCAUCCGACUGCCUUCGGGGAAUGGGUACAAGUUCCUUUCGCCGGGACGGUUCUUCCCUUCAUCUAAAUGUUGAGAUUCUGUCCCUCAGUGACUGGCUUCUCUUGAAAAAGGAGUAUUUUGAGUAUUUAUAACUCUUGAAAACAGUGAAAAGGACAGUCUGGGUGAGGAAGUGCACAUUCCCAGAAGCCUCAAACUGCCUACUGUUAUAUUUUCCGUGCAGAGAGCAUAUAAUCCUUAUGCUUCCACCUACACUGUAAAGGACCGUUUAUACAUGCAGACUGAUCUUAGACUUGCGCAAGGCAUGUCAUACAAAAAAAGGAAGAGAUUAUACCAAAAUGGUAUUUCAAAAAAAGACAAAAAGGCUCGCUGUUUGUGUUAGUGAAGAUGAUGUGGCUUUGACUGGUUUAUUUCUUUUG